UCAAGUGGGUAAACAUGGCGGAGGGAGGAGCGGCUGAUGUGGAUACUCAACGAACUGAGAUUGCAGCUCUGCUGAAGACUCAGUUACGGAAAGGAGACACCUGGUAUUUGGUAGAUAGUCGCUGGUUCAAACAGUGGAAAAAAUAUGUUGGAUUUGACAGCUGGGACAAGUACCAAAUGGGAGACCAAAAUGUAUAUCCUGGUCCAAUUGACAAUUCAGGGCUUCUAAAAGAUGGUGAUUGCCAAUUUCUAAAGGACCACCUCAUUGAUGAACUAGACUAUAUUUUAGUCCCCACUGAAGGUUGGAAUAAGCUGGUCAGUUGGUAUGGGUUGGCUGAGAGUCAAGAGCCUAUAGUGCGCAAGGUGGUUGAACAGGGCAUGUUUGUGAAACACUGUAAAGUUGAAGUGUACCUUACUGAAUUGAAACUUUGUGAAGAUGGUAGCAUGGACAAUGUUGUAACUAGACGAUUUAGUAAAGCAGAUACUAUAGAUGCAAUAGAAAAAGAAAUGAGAAAAUUGUUUAGCAUUCCUGAUGAGAAAGAGACAAGAUUGUGGAACAAGUACAUGAGCAAUACAUUUGAACCCCUAAGCAAACUGGACAGCACAAUUCAAGAUGCCGGUCUUUAUCAGGGACAAGUUCUUGUAAUAGAAAAAAGAAAUGAUGAUGGAACAUGGCCAAGAGGCUGCUCUGCACCCAAAUCACCUGGUGCUUCAUCUUUUUCAACUUUACCAAAAUUAUCUCCAUCAUCAUUACCGAACAAUUAUAACAGCUUCAACAACAGAAAUGUUAAAAAUUCAAACUACUGCAUCCCUUCAUAUUCUCCUUAUAAUACCUAUGACUAUCAAGAGCGACAUAGUGAGCAACCUGGCCUUUGUGGUUUAUGUAAUUUGGGGAACACUUGUUUUAUGAAUUCUGCUGUCCAGUGUUUAAGUAAUACGCCUCCACUUACAGAAUAUUUCUUAAAUGACAAAUAUCAAGAUGAACUGAACUUUGACAAUCCUUUAGGAAUGCGAGGAGAAAUAGCAAAAGCUUAUGCAGAUCUUAUCAAACAGAUAUGGUCUGGUAAAUAUACCUAUGUUACUCCAAAAGCUUUUAAGAUGCAAGUUGGUCGAUUUGCUCCUCAGUUUUCUGGAUACCAGCAACAGGACUCUCAAGAGCUUCUUGCUUUUCUUCUUGAUGGACUACAUGAAGAUUUGAAUAGAAUAAGGAAAAAGCCAUACAUUCAACUCAGGGAUGCAGAGGGCAGACCAGACAAGGUUGUUGCUGAAGAAGCAUGGGUAAACCAUAUAAAGCGUAAUGACUCCAUAAUUGUAGAUAUCUUUCAUGGCCUCUUCAAAUCAACUUUAGUUUGUCCUGUAUGCUCUAAAGUGUCUGUUACUUUUGACCCAUUCUGUUACCUUACUCUGCCACUGCCUAUGAAGAAGGAGCGUACUUUAGAAGUUUUCCUUGUACACUUAGAUCCUCUUUUAAAGCCGAUGCAGUACAAAUUAGUGGUCCCAAAGGUUGGAUACAUCUCAGACCUCUGUAUGGCUCUUUCAUCUAUAUCUGGAGUCCCUGCAGAUAAGAUGAUAGUAACAGAUAUUUACAACCAUCGAUUUCACAGAAUUUUUGCAGUAGAGGAAAAUUUGAGUAGCAUAAUGGAGAGAGAUGAUAUUUAUGUGUUUGAACUAGCUAUCAAUAGAAAAGAAGACAUUGAUCACGUAGUUAUUCCUGUUUAUUUACGUGAAAAAUACAGACAAUCUGGGUAUAGUCAUGGUGGCUCUCCUUUGUUUGGCUUACCCUUUUUGAUCACGGUGCCUAGAAGUAUUAAUGAGGAAAAGCUCUACCAAAUGUUGCUAACCAGAAUACGCAGGUGCAUAACAACUUAUGAAACUAAUGGAACAGAAGAUGCACUACAUUCUUCCAAAGAACAGGGUUUAAAUGGAAAUGGAUCUAAUGGAAUAUUUGAUGAAGGAUCUCCAAGUGAGAUGGACACAGACGAUCAAGAUGAAGAGUCAAGCCAGGAUCAGGAUUUACCAUCAGAAAAUGAAAACAGUCAUUCUGAGGAGUCCGUGGCAGGAGACAAUGAGCUAGAUAAUGGAGUUAGUGGGGAGCACAUUUGUAAAGGACAUAAUACUCUGGUGCUCAAAAAACAACUCUUUACAUUCCAAUUUAAUAAUUUAGGUAAUACUGAUUUCAAUUACAUCAAGCAAGAGCCAAGACAGAUACGUUUUGAUGACAGACAUCUUAGGCUUGAUGAGAGAUCAUAUCUGGCUUUGGACUGGGAUCCAGAGGUGAAAAAACAAUAUUUCAAUGAAAAUGCUGCAGAGGAAUUUGAGAAACACGAAAGCAUGGAGUAUAAACCACAAAAGAAGGCUCUUGUUAAAUUAAAAGACUGCAUUGAACUUUUUACAACAAAGGAGAAGCUUGGAGUAGAAGAUCCAUGGUACUGCCCAAACUGCAAACAGCAUCAGCAAGCCACCAAAAAACUAGAUCUUUGGUCGUUGCCACCUGUUCUUGUGGUACACCUGAAACGAUUUUCCUACAGCAGAUAUAUGAGAGACAAAUUAGAUACAUUAGUUGAUUUUCCCAUAAGUGACCUGGACAUUUCUGAGUUUCUAAUCAAUCCAAAUGCUGGCCCUUGUCGUUAUGAUCUAAUUGCAGUUUCCAACCAUUAUGGAGGAAUGGGAGGUGGACACUAUACAGCUUUUGCAAAGAACAAAGACAAUGGGAAAUGGUAUUAUUUUGAUGACAACAGUGUUUCAUCUGCAUCUGAAGAACAAAUAGUGUCGAAAGCUGCUUAUGUUCUUUUUUAUCAAAGGCAGGACACUAUCACUGGAACAGGGUAUUUUGCACUUGACCGCAAAAACAAGAGUGAUGCUCCAUCUACUGUAGGUGCUCCAGUAGACAGUGAUGAAGAUUUAAAUGAAAAUGAUGAACAUGAUGUAGACAAUGAGAACUGUAUGCACACUAGUUAAAUGUAACAAUUGAUUCUUUAGAAACAAUUUACUAGCAGAAUUUUGCCUUGGCAAAUGAUUCUUUCUGAACAGGCAAUAGAAUAUAGGUUAGAUGUUUAAAUUGCACAAUGAUACAAUGCUGGUUGCAUUUUUUAAUGCAACAAUAUUAUGAAAACUGCAUUUAACAACUGGUAAUAUACACUUGAAACCUUGGAAUAAAGAUUGUAAUUGGGGGCUGAUGACUUUAGAGUGCAUCUGUUCCCUUCUGACAUAAAAAAAGAAUGUUUGAAUUUUUCAUUGUUUUUGAAUGUCAAUAAUAUGCAUUAUAUUUAUUGCAUUUCAUUUUUCUCAUGUAAAUAUUUAAUAUAAGCACUAAAAUGUAAGUGCUCAUAACUUGAUAAAAAUAAGCAGUUAUGAUCACAUUUUUUCAUGAUCCCAUAAAUAUGUUGAAUGUGUGCCACAAUAACUGCAGCUGUUUUAUACAUUUUCUGUCUGUGACUUUUGAGAUAAUAUUGCCUUAGAAUUGCAGUAAAACCUAUAUGUGGUCAAUAGUUCUUUUAAAGAAAGACAACUUAACAUGUGUUUGCUUGUGUGUAUGUGUGUAUAUCUGAUUUGCACACAAACAUGCAUAUAUGAGGUUGUGAUCAUUUUAAAAGCUGCUGUUUUUGAAUUUUAAAUAUUUGCAGUAUAUUGACUAAUACCUCUUUUAAAAUAAGCCCCUUUUUCCAGUAGGUAGGUUUAUCAGAUUUGUUAUUGACUGAGAUGCACGUUGCCAAAUUUAUGCUUUCCUUUGUAAAAAUUAUGGCUUUUUGGAUUUAAAGUUAAAUUUAUUUGUUCAAAAAUUAAAAUGUUAAAUUAUUUGUAUGAUAGAAAGCAUCUUGCAUUACUCAGUUUUUAAUUUUAGGUUUGUAUUUAUUGGUGGCAAAUGUAUGAAUUGAAUUGGAAAUGUAUUUUAUUCAGAAAUUAAUCACCAAAGCCUUACAAAACAUUAAAAUGUAUAACAAAUAUAACAUUUAUUUAUUAUGUUUAAACAAACAAAUACCCUUGCAUAGUUAUAAUAUUUUUUUUAUCUAUAAGUAUAUGCAAAGGGGCUAAAGUACCAAUGUUUGAUUAAUGCCUUUGAAGUAGUGUAAUUUUGGGUGUGUGUGGUUUUGUUUCUUUUUGACUAUAUUGCCUUUGCAUUGAUUUUCAGAUGUCAUGUUGCUCAACACAUAUCUGCAAUACAUGUAAAGGCAUUAAACCCCAAAAGCAGCAAUUAAAUAAUUAAGAAAUUGAAACAAAAGUAUGAUAGUAGGCUAUAAAUAUUGUAAAUAAAGGGUUCACUCUGUGAGUGCACAUUUGGUAAAUUAUUUUAUUUACAUGUUUGCAUUACUUAAAGCAAUUUAUGAAACCAGGACAUUAUACGAUCAAGGGAAAUGGCUAUUGCACUGUAAUCAUUAUUUUUUUGUUGGUGUUUUUUUCUUUUAUUUUAAAGUAAUAUUUUGAUUUAAAACAUUUAUAAAGUUAAUAUAUACCUCCCGCAUGACAGGAGUUCAUAUUUUGUCUGCACUUGAGUUAUUUUGGGUUCACAUUUGAACUGCGCAUGUUUAUUUAUACAAAGGUAAUAAAGUUAUGCAAGGCCUUA